GCCAUUCCCUGAUCGUCGCAUUGCCAUUGCCAUUGCCUCCCCGACACCGCCACCGCCGGGUCUCCAGCUGGCCGGCCCGUCGCAGCAGCUCACGUACAGUUCCUGGCCGACCGUCCGUCGAGGCUAACGCUGCGCUGCUCACGGCGUGCAGACGUGGUGGCCGCCAGCAGCUAUCGUGGCUGAACUUUUUAGAAAUAUGAGGGCCUCGGCGGCGCCGGCGUCCACCGCGCCCGCGCGCAGACGCACUUGAGGGAAGGGGUCGAUGCUUGAAUCCUAAUGGCGCAGACGGUUGGUUCAGCGGUUGUCCAGGAAACGGUUAACAAAAUCCUAUCUGGUCUUGUUCACAAGUAUGAGGGAAAGGAGAAAUUAAAUGCAAAUGAAAACUUGGAGAGGCUGGAGAUGGCGCACAUCAAGUUGGAGGCUGCUCUUGAGAUAUCCAAUAAGUGGCAGAUCACUGAUGCAUCAUUGUUGCGUUGGCACAAGAAACUGAAGCGUGCUGCUCAAGAGUGCGAUGACACACUGCACAAAUGCAAGCAGAGAAUCAUAGAAGAAGAGCAGAUGGAGAAGGAAGUGAGUAAAUCCUCCUUUCCUAAACGUAUAGCACAUACUACCAAGUCAUUUGUUUUCUCCUUGUUUAGCCGCAACAACGACGGGUUGAGCAGAUCCAUUGUUCGGAGAUUUGAGUGGUUUGCAGAUGGUGCUAGUGAGUUUCUGAGAUUUAUAGAGCUCGGCGGCACGCCACGCCGUCACAUGCCCUUCGACCCUCUUAUCAGGCACCUUUUUACAGGCAAGAAACUACAGCAUAAAAUCACUCGGGAAAACAAGUGCCCUUUGUUUCUACUGUGGGUGCCCUUUAUUACGGCAGAGCAUGGGAUAGAGGCUAGCCUGAUCUUUAUCCGGAAAGAUAGUAAUGCACCAGAGGCUAAUUUUUACCUUAGCGUAAUGCUACAGCUUUCAGAGAGUACAGACAUAGUUGGUGUCAUAAUUAAGUGCUUGCAAUUGUUUGCCUCUCAUUUCAAGUCUACAGUUGAAAUCAUUAGGAACGAACUUACUCAACUACCUACUCAAGACUUGUCAUGGGUUCCAUUUGUCGAUUCGUGCCAAAGAGAAUCAUGUAACAUGGAUCGACAAGGCAAACGGGGAGGAAUAGAACACUAGAUAUGGAAUGUUCUAGCCCGCUCCUUCCGUGCCACGCUCGCUCCUGCGCUCACGCCCCAUCGCAACCGCUCGCCCGAAACCGCCGGCACGUUCGCGCCCCACAUCCUAGCAACAGUCCGCACUCCCUCGCGCCUAUAAAUGCUACCCAACCCCGCAGAGCUCUAGAUUUACCCCAUCCCCGCUCAACCCCAUCACGCAGAGCCGCCAUUUCCGCCUCGCCGAGCACCGGCGAGCGCCGUCCGCCGCACCUGAGCCUUCCCUGUCACGUUUAAGGUCUAAGCGUAGCCUCUAGUAGUCUAGUUAUAUUCUAUGUGAAUUUGGAGAGUGUGGUUAUGUUAUGUACCAUGAGCUAUUAAUACUGAAGAGAUAUAAAAUCUCGUGUUUUUUUCA